AUGGAGACACAAGCGAGAUCUAAACCGCGUGAUAUUCCUUUUGUAAAAGACAUUUCGAAACUAGUCGAUUCCAUGAAUAAAUUAUCUUUACCUUCCGAUACCAAAAUUGCAUUUCCAUCUAUUUCAUCAAAACUUUCCAAUGAUCAUGAAUUCUCGAUUAAAUAUCCCAAUUCCUCAUUAGAGAGUUCUACGCCGGACAAACAGCGUUCGGUUAGUUUUAUUCUCCACGAAGAUAGUGAUGAUCAAUUUGAGCUCGAAACUCAAGAUGACUACUUUUAUGAUUCUUAUGGUGUAUCUACUUCUCCGAUGCAAGAAAAGUUUUUUGACACUCUAGAAGAAUAUACCAUUAAUAUUUCGGGUUGUGAUCUUUCUUCUGAUAUAUUGGUAUCUCUCAUGGAUCGUGACAAGGAGAUGAGGGAUCUUUUUAUUCACAAUCAAGAAUAUUUUGACUUGGUUAAACAAAGUAUCUUUGGAAUCUCUGAAGAAGGGUGGCAACAAUUUCUUAAAAUUCUUUAUUCUCCUCGACGUAUUCUUUUAGAUUCUGAAUGGAUGUCCAUUAUAUCGGAAACAUUGAAUCCUAAUCCACCUCUUUUGGUUAAAUUCAAAGAGAUUGUUGGAUAUUGUGAGGUCGAUGAUGAAAUUGCAAGCACCGGCAAUGCGGAAGAAGAUGAUGAUUCGAGUUUUUCUUACUCUUCUCCCUCACAUUCUCUUAAUUCUUGUAUCGUUGGUCACGUUGACCCUGGGGAAAAUCUUUUGGAUGUCAGUGUGAUUAGGGAUUAUCCAAAAGCCUUGGAAAGACUUGAAACCACCUAUCCACAGUUUUUCAUUAAUGUAAAUCAAUUCUUGAGUCAGCAAACUGAGUAUAGGGGAAGCGCAUUGGGUGGAAAUCAUUUAUCCCAGACGCGACGAUCAGGUCGUAGCGGUAACAACGUUCUUCAAGAGAGAGGUACUAACGAUAGCGAGUUAUCGUCCUCUUGGAGGAGAUACUUUCCGGUAGCAUCGUCACCAUUAAAAUCAGCAAAUUCACCAUUGAAAACUCCAACACUUUAUGAUGAAUUUAAAUCUGUAUUACUGUCUUCAAGAAGCGAAAUGUCUGACGAAGAAUGGGAAAUGGCUAUAUAUGAGUACUUGGACCCUUGGCCACAACUUGCUGCUCAAUUCGGAGAAAUUAUUUCCUACGAAGUUGCCGAGGGUUGA